AUGACAAUUUCUCCCGGCAAUUUGUUCGAUUGUGCAACUUCGCCAAAUCUGAUCAGAAUUUCAUUAUUUAUGAACGUAAUGGAAGCUAGGGGUAACUUUGUUCCUUCUAUUGCGCAAUUUCUUGAAAAUUCUAACAAAAGUCCU